UCUCUCCCCAUCUACACACCUAUCCCCCUCUCACUCUCUCACCCUGCAUUUACACAUCACAAUAAUUCUUCUCUCUCUCUCUCUCUCUCUCUCUCUCUCCAUACAUGGCUUUCUUUCUCUCUCUUCUUCUCAUUCUUUUUUUCCCUUCAAGCAAUGCUGGUUAUUGGCCACCCUCACCAGGGUACUACCCAAGCACCAAGUUUAGGUCUGUGACUUUUUACCAAGGGUUUAGAAACCUUUGGGGUCCUGGGCAUCAAAUACUAGACAACAAUGCAUUAUCAAUAUGGCUUGAUAGGACCUCAGGAAGUGGGUUCAAGUCGGUUCGCCCGUUCCGAUCCGGGUAUUUUGGUGCUUCCAUCAAGCUGCAGCCUGGUUACACUGCAGGGGUUAUAACAGCUUUCUAUCUAUCAAACAAUGAAGCUCAUCCAGGGUAUCAUGAUGAGGUGGACAUAGAAUUCCUUGGAACAACAUUUGGGAAGCCAUACACAUUGCAGACAAAUGUUUACAUCAGAGGAAGUGGGGAUGGAAGAAUUAUAGGGAGAGAAAUGAAAUUUCAUCUAUGGUUUGAUCCCACUCAAGGUUUCCAUCACUAUGCUAUACUAUGGAGGCCCAAUGAGAUCAUAUUUCUUGUGGAUGAUGUGCCCAUAAGGAGGUACCCUAGGAAGAGUGUAGCAACUUUCCCACUAAGGCCAAUGUGGGUCUAUGGGUCCAUAUGGGAUGCCUCAUCUUGGGCCACAGAGGAUGGAAAAUACAAGGCAGAUUAUAGGUACCAACCCUUUGUUGGAAUGUACAACAACUUCAAAGCAAGUGGUUGCUCAGCCUAUGCUCCGGCAUGGUGCCGGCCAAUCUCUGCCUCGCCUUUCCGGUCAGGAGGUCUCACCAGAGGGCAACACAUGGCUAUGAGAUGGGUCCAAAGCCACUACUUGGUUUAUAACUAUUGCAGGGACCCCAAGAGGGACCAUUCCCUAACACCAGAAUGUUGGGGCUAAAAAGAAAUUGAAAGGCACAAUUCAAUCCUAUCUAUUCUAUACCCAUAUCUAAUUCAUUGAAAGUUCACUAUCUGAUCUCAGUCUUUGCUUCUUAUUGUGUAAAAACACUACUUGUGGAGUGGCUUGAGAUGGGUCCUACUUGGCAACAUCAAUUGCAUGAGUAAUUGAGGAUCCAAGCUUCCAACCAACAAAAAUAAAAAGAUACAUAAAAAUUUAUAUUUAAUUUGUGUGGCUUUUGUUAUGAUAUAUUUGUAGAGAGAGAGAGAGAGAGAGAGAGAGAGAGAGGGAGAGAGAGAGAGGAGAUGGGUGAUGAAGCCAGGGAGAUGGGGUGGGGGGUCAUGGGGUUUUGGGGUGAGUGCAUUCACUUGUCAUUUCUUAAAAAAAGUGAAAAGUUUGCAUUGUUUUUGUAAUGUGUUAUUAUAUGUGUAAGGUAUUGGAUGCUAUAAAAGUUGGUGUAGUUUAUGAUUGGUCA